CAUGUCAUUACCCCCAAAUACUUGCUUGUAUAUCAACAACCUCAACGAUAAAAUAAAUAAAGAAGAGUUACGCGCUCAGUUGUAUGCCUUGUUCACUCCUUACGGCAAGGUAAUCGAUGUGGUCGCCCGUAAAGGGACAAAGAUGAAGGGCCAGGCCUUUGUUGUUUUUGGAGAUUUGGCGGGCGCCACGACUGCCAUGCGAGCAAUGGAUGGAGAGUUCUUCUAUGACAAGCCCAUGCACAUACAGUAUGGCAGGACCAAAUCACACGCGACAAUCCGCAUAGAGCAGGGCGCAGAUGCUGUACCCUUUGGAGCAAGAUCAAGUACGACUGUAAAUGGCAAGUCCGAAAAAAUUGUCAUGUCAAGAGCAGAAGGAGAAGCUGCGGACCGGGAGCGGGCAAAAAAGGAGGAGUUGGAAGGUGGCAAGCGGCCGAGAGAGAGUGGUGUCGAGGAUGGAGCUCCUCAGGCCAAGAAGAAUCGCACGGAAGACGAGGAUGACGCGGUGGAGAUGGAGAUCGAGGACGACGAGUGAUACUUGGCGGUAUGUGUGUACCUUCUUUCCAAGACCGAUCCCGGAAGGCACCAUGGUCUUCUGAUAGUAGUUGUCAACCAUCAGUACCCGCCUUCACGGGUUCAUGAUUGUAAUGUAGCAAUAAUGACAUGUGCUGUGGC